AUGAGCGGACUGUGGAAUUCAAUCGUUGGUGGCAGCGAAAAAGAAGUCAGCUGGAACGAACUGUCAACCUUUUAUUUAGAUACCAGUAGGAAAUAUUUUUCCGUUUCGGAGAUCGAUAAAGAAGAAUCGCCGAUUGUAUUCUCAGAAGACCACAACAUCUCAUUCAACGAAACCGGACUUGGACUCAGUUAUACGCCCUUGAAUUUUGUCACAUUAUUCCACAUCGACACUAGAAGAGCGGAAAUAAGAAUGCCGAGCGGACAUAUUGACCAGCCCGUGAUCGAGGACAACAGGGACGGUACUGUCAGCAUCAAAUAUGAUCCCCGCGAGGAGGGAGUGCACGAGCUCUACGUCAAGUACAACGGGGAGCAUGUCCAGGGCUCACCGUAUAAGUUCCACGUGGACUCCAUCGCAUCGGGUUACGUGACGGCUUAUGGCCCAGGACUGAUAAGUGGCGUCAGCGGCGAACCCAGCCAAUUUACCAUCAGCACUAAGGGCGCUGGCUCUGGUGGUCUGACAAUGGCAGUCGAAGGUCCCAGUAAAGCAGAGAUAACUUGCCACGACAACAAAGAUGGAACAGUUUCGGUGUCCUACCUGCCAACUGCUCCUGGCGAGUACAAGGUCUCUGUCAGGUUCGGAGACAGACAUAUCAAGGGAUCACCAUUUACAGCGAAGGUGACUGGUGAGGGUCGCAAGAGGAACCAAAUCUCCGUAGGCAGUUGCAGCGAGGUCACUUUGCCGGGCAAGAUCAGCGACAACGAUAUCCGCAGUCUCAACGCUUCUAUCCAGGCACCCUCUGGCCUUGAAGAACCCUGCUUCCUCAAGAGGCUGCCUUCUGGCAACAUCGGCAUAAGUUUCACUCCCCGUGAAGUUGGGCAGCAUGUUGUCUCAGUCAAGAAGAUGGGAGUUCACAUUAAAAACUCCCCGUUCAACAUUCUUGUGCUGGAGCAGGAAGUCGGUGACGCUAAGAAAGUUAAGGUGUCCGGCACAGGUUUGAAGGAAGGCAAAACUCAUAGUGAAAACUCAUUCAGCGUCGAUACCAGGAAUGCUGGUUAUGGUGGUCUUUCGGUAUCCAUUGAAGGACCCAGUAAAGCUGAGAUCCAGUGCGCGGACAGCAAAGACGGCAUACUCAGUAUAAUCUACAAGCCAACGGAGCCUGGUUACUACAUCGUCAACCUGAAGUUCGCUGACCACCACGUCGAGGGCUCACCAUUCACUGUUAAGGUGACUGGUGAAGGUAGCAACAGACAGAGAGAGAAGAUCCAAAGGCAUCGUGACUCUGCACCUCUCACCGAGGUCGGAACGAACUGCAAGCUCACCUUCAAGAUGCCUGGUAUCACGUCGUUCGACCUUGCGGCCACUGUCACCAGUCCCGGCGGAGUUUCCGAGGACGCAGAGGUACAAGAAGUGGAGGACGGCCUGUACGCCGUACACUUUGUGCCUAAGGAGUUGGGCGUGCACACCGUGUCCGUUAAAUACAGGGAGAUCCACAUUCCUGGAUCACCCUUCCAAUUCACCGUUGGUCCUCUCCGCGACUCUGGAGCCCACUUGGUCAAGGCUGGUGGAGCAGGCUUGGAAAGAGGAGAGGCUGGACGCGUCAACGAGUUCAACGUUUGGACUCGCGAAGCCGGUGCUGGCCAACUCGCUAUCUCCUUGGAGGGGCCCAGCAAGGCCGAGAUCGACUUCAAAGAUAGGAAGGACGGAUCUUGUGAUGUAUCUUACAAAGUGGACGAGCCUGGUGAAUAUCGCAUCGGACUUAAGUUCAACGAGCAGCACAUCCCAGAUUCUCCCUUCAAGGUGUACAUCUCCCCAGCGAUGGGAGACGCGCAUCUUCUCGAAGUCGCCCAGUUCCCAGACUCUGCCCAAGUGGACAAGCCCACUCAGUUCUACAUUCGCCUUAACGGAGCCAAGGGCAGUCUUGAUGCUAGAGUUAUUUCUCCAUUAGGCAAGACAGAUGACUGCUUCAUCCAGAACAUCGACGGCGACCAGUACUCCAUCAGGUUCAUGCCUCACGAGAACGGAGUCCACAACAUCAACGUGAAGUUUAACGGAGUUCAUAUCCCCGCGUCACCGUUGAGGAUCAAGGUCGGAAAGGAUGACGCCGAUCCCGCAGCUGUGCACGCACAUGGACCCGGCCUUGGAACAGUGAAAACUGGAGCAAAAACGGAUCUAAUCAUCGAUACAUGCAAUGCUGGUGUUGGUAUUCUCGCUGUCACAGUGGAUGGUCCUUCCAGGGUAGCCAUGGACUGCACAGAGGUUGAGGAAGGUUACAAGGUCCGCUACACACCAUUAUCUCCUGGCUUUUACUACAUGAGCAUCAAAUACAACGGACACCACAUCGUUGGGUCGCCGUUCAAGGUCGAAGCCAUUGGUGAAAAUUUGGCUGAAAUCGGAGCUCAAGAAACAUCUUCCGUGACCGUAGAGACCGUACAAAAAGUCUCAAAGUCAGCGCAGAAGCUUGGGCCGGUACUGCCACUCUUCAAGUCCGAUGCUUCUAAAGUCACUAGCAAGGGCAUGGGCUUGAAGAAAGCCUACCUGAACAAACACAAUCAGUUUACUGUACACGCUGGCGAUGCUGGUAACAACAUACUUUAUGUCGGCAUCUAUGGUCCUAAAGGCCCUUGCGACGAAGUACAGCUGAAACACAAGGGCAAGAACAACUAUGAGUGCUGGUACGUCGUCAGGGACAGGGGAGAGUACAUCGUCAUCGUCAAAUGGGGAGAAGAACAUAUCCCCGGAUCUCCCUAUAAGGUUGAAGUCUAA